GGUCUGCGGGAGGGCUGGGGCUCGGCGGGACGCGAGGCCUCGAAGGGCGGGAGGAGGCCGGCGGGAAGGGCUCUGCCCAUCGAGAGGACGAGGGGCAGCGAGAUCCUGUUCGGCGUAGCGCCGUGCUCCAUGGCGCUGUCCCAGGCCAGGAGGGAUCUGUUCAGGCUGUUCCUCAAGCGGAGCGGCGGCCCUCAGCGUGCGGUCAGCAGCGAGUUGGUGCUGCAGGCCGCGGCACGCGGGGUUCCCGUGCUCCACGUCGGGAGGAGGGAGCUGGACGCGCUGUGCGGGGGCCGCGUCCACCAGGGAGUGUGCUUGGAGGCCACCCCGCUCUGCUUCAAGAGGCUGGAGGAGGCCGAAGAGCCCGGCCUGGAGAAUGGAGAGAGCCCGAACCGACGGCUGCUGUGGCUGGUGCUGGAGCAGAUCCAGGACCCCAUGAACCUGGGGGCACUGCUGCGCUCUGCGUACUUCCUGGGGGUGGACAGAGUGGUGACCAGCCGGAGGAACAGCUGCCCCUUGACUCCAACAGUGAGCAAAGCAAGUUCUGGAGCUAUGGAAGUCUUUGAUGUCUACAGCACAGAUGAUCUCCGGAGCUUUUUGAAGGCUAAAGCUGCAGAAGGCUGGGAAGUUGUGGGAACAGUGAGCCAGUUUGAAACUGUGGAAAAUGUUCCUGUCAUCAGCUGCUUGGAAUUUCGGUGGAAUAAACCCAUUAUUUUAGUGAUAGGUAGUGAAGGUGAUGGCCUUUCCCUGGAGACGCAGCUCCUGUGCCACCAGAUGCUGGUCAUCCCCUCUGGCAGAGCGCUGCACCCAGGCAUCGAGUCACUGAACGUCUCCGUAGCCACUGGCAUUCUCCUGCACUCCAUCUGCAGCCAAAAGCUGAGACACGGUGAUUGAUUUUUAUCCUGGCACAUGGUGGAAGUUGCCCAGCCAAGGUCUUUGAUGGCAAGAAACUGCUCAGUGUUCCAUGGCUGUGUUCAGUAUGGAUAUGGAAGUGCUCCUUCCAGGCUCGGCACCAUCUCAGCAAGUUUCAGGGUGAGCCCCACUGACCCAGGGUGUGUUCUGGCUCAUGCAUCACACCAGCAGAGCCCUGGCCCAGCACUGAAGCCAUGCCUGUGUGCAGUAGGUAACACGUAGCACCAGCACCUCAGAGGAGAGAUUGUAAGGAAGGAAGACAAAGCUAAGCUUUAAAAAUAAACAGCCAAAUCUUUCAGUUUUAGCAGUAAAAUAGCCAGUGGUGGCUGCAAGCCUUGUGUCUGUUGCUUGGGGAACUUCUUACGUUGCUCAGGCUGUGGUUUUGGGGCUGUAGAUGAAUGGUGGUUCAUGGUUGGAGCUGACUCAGAGAACAGCCAUGCCCUGUGCCUGGGGUGCUGGUGAGAAGCUGGUCUGAUCUGGGACUGCUCAGUAGCCAUUUAUUCACGAUAAGGCAGUCUCUCUGUUACACCUUGCUGCUUGAAUGUCUGAAAACAUACCGUGUUGUAUUUGAUUGUAACACAAGUCUGCAGCCGUGCCAAAGGAUGAACAUGACCUGUUAGGAACAGCUGUAGUGGGGAAAAAUGCAGCCCAUUAAAAUAAAGCCUCUGUAAAGAUUUGUUGUAGACUUGACUGAAUCCUUUUUGUGUCAUAUUAGUGGAACGAGGCACUUCCUUCAGGUGGGAACGGGAGCCCGGAGCUUGUUCUCUUCAUUCAGGGAAGUUUCCUUCUCGUGAUGGAUCUAAUCCAAGUGAAUGCUGAGCUGCCCAGCACCCCAGUGAUGGUGUGUGGAUUCAGGGGCAGUGGUGACAGUGGCUUCAUUUGCAAAUAUCCUGGUUGAAAACCAGCCUGGCUGAAUUAUUGAGAACCGAAUGAAUGUUAUCGCUUAGCACCUUAAUUAUUUUAUUUAGCUACUGUGGCCCUUUGCAUAGGAUUCCUCAUUAACACUUAAUUUACAGUGCCCUUUAGGGAUAAUUUCAAACAAUUCAGCUUAGUCUCCCUCCUCUCCCCCUUCCAAGUGAACAAGUAAAUCACUCAGAGUGACUAAUUAGGACUUUCCUUUGAGCUAAAUGAAGUCUGUAAACCGGUCUGUGGAUGUGGAGGUUUUUCAGAUGUGUCCCUGCGAGAGGCUGGCGGCCUUGCCGAGGGCAAUGGCUGUGGUGGGAUGAGGGGAGGGACAGGAUGUGGGGUGGGAUGGGACACGGAGCUCUGCAACUGCAUUGGCAGUGAGGACUCACCUGGCCGAAGUGUGAGCGUGGAGCACGGCCCAGCCUGGGAUGCAGUGACCCAGUGGUGGGUUUCAUGGUGCUGAUUGCCUGGCUACAGCCUUAACUCCUCGCUGCUCUGAGCCCUCGGUGAGGUGGGACAGAGGGGCUGGGGCUGUGUCUGGAGGAGCCCCAUGUGGAUGGGUAAGGGUAAGCCGUGCCUUACUGGCAUCUAGGUGGGAUCCUGUGCUGCUCUGCGCUGAGAGAUUUGACUUUUCAGUAGUGUUGAGUACUCCGUUCUGGGUUUGUGGCCGCAGCUGAGGGUGCCUGUGGUGACAGUGUAUCCUGAGGUGUCUCCUCUGCAAAAAGGCAAAACCAAAUCCUCCCCCAAAUGCCUGCUGCAAUGUGAGCAGAGCUGUGGUGCCCGAGUCUGAAGAUGUUCACUGAGUAGCAGCUGAAGUCUGGUGGACUGCAGGGAUAAGUGGUUCGUGGGCAGGUGUGGAACGCUUAUGUUUCUGGGGCUGAAUGUGCCUGGUUUUUAAUUGCUGGAAUAAAAAAGGAAAGGGCUGGGAGGCUGCUGGCACGCUGUCAGACGAUGUUGACAGUGUCUGCCCCAGCAGAUGGAGCCCGUGCUCUAGAUUUGCUUAUUCCUUGCAACCAGGUGCAGCACUUGGGGCUAGCAGGGUCCUUCCUCUCCAGCAGCAGGGAUGAGGAUAAAGCCAUUGCUUUCUUCUCGAUCUAUAGUUAAGUGCGUGUGUAAAUAUUUAUAUUUUUAUAUAUAUAUAAUAUUUAUAUAGAGAGAGAUUUCUAAUUCCAUAUAAUUUCUCCAUUAAAAACCAAAUAACGUAUUUCUCUGUGCAGUACUUAAACAUGAGGAGACCCUUUAUUAAGUUUGCUUGUGUUUGGGGAAGCCACAUGCCCUCCAACCACACUCAUCCCCAACAGGCAGGCAGGUGAGUAGCAAUGGAGCAGGAAGCUCUUCUACAAAGCUCCCAGAAAGCUUUGUGGGGACACUGCUGCUCUAUACCUCUCCAGGCCUAAAUCCUAAAUUUGGUGCUGGAGCGUCAGAUAGGGCUCGCAGGGUUUGGGUUGAAGAGGCAGUGGUGCUUUAUGGUUAGUGUUAACAGGAGUUUGCCUGCCAGCUCUGUUGGCACACCCAGGGAAAGUGCUGGGAAUGGUCACAGUGCCAAGCAGAGCUGCACCUUUGGAGCUGGAGCUUUGAGUGCUGUGCGGUUUGCCCCCGAUUUAAUAAAUGCAAUCCAUUAAUUGGAUCAUUGCCUGCUUCUGCAGUUAAUUUCCUGGAUAUUUUUAAAUGUUAAAAUGUAGUUUUUAUAGUCUUUCAUUAUUUUUAGCCUUAAGCUCAACUAUAAUCGUCCCUGUAAUGUAACUGUAAAAAACUCAUGGCUUUAUAUCAUAAAGGAGGACAUUAAUUGUCAUUUUUUGUGUACAUCAGCAAGAUCAAAACAUGCUUCCUGAUUACUUCUGUUUGUA